AUGUCUCUCCCGGUACUUCCACCGCAACCUCAACUCCCCACACUUCACCCAGUCACACCCACCAUCGGCCCCUACACACGGCCAGCCAGUGCGAGAAAGCGACCCUUCGAGUCGAUCCCCGAUAUCUCGGACAAUUGGACUGCUCCCUUCCGGGACGGUCUCCCAACGCCUCCGAGCGAAAUGAACGGAGUUGCGACCUACAACGUCAUCCCCUCGUCCGGCUAUGGAUCGAAGCUCGAUGGAAUCACAUUGCCGCCGUACGCCAAGGUCUCCGACUAUCCGCGCAUGAACUUCGAUGGAGCGACGGCCAUGGUCCCCAUGUCAAAGCCACACUACCAGCCUCCGGUCAAGGAGAAUAACACCCGCGAGCAGGACAGUCGGAAGAAAAGCAGUACCAAUUCUACGGCCUCGUAUCUGCAGAUCCCAUCGACGAUCAACAACAGCAAGGGGAGUCUGGCCGAGUUUGCUGCGCAGAUGACAUGUCUCUUCUGGUUCGAAAGUGCGGCCAAGUUGAAGGCCGUGGAGGAGCGUUCGCCUUCGGCCGGCUCUCUCGCCCCCGAGACCAUGCCCACGGCUGGCUUUCAGAAAUGGGUGACCAACAUCCUCUCCACGACCCAGGUCAGCCAGAAUGUGGUGUUGCUCGCUCUCAUGUUCGUUUACCGCCUGAAGAAGUUCAAUCCUGGAGUACGGGGGAAGAAGGGCAGCGAGUACAGGUUGAUGACGAUUGCACUCAUGCUGGGAAACAAAUUUCUCGAUGACAACACCUACACCAACAAGACGUGGGCCGAGGUGUCGGGCAUCACGGUGCAGGAGAUCCACAUUAUGGAAGUCGAGUUUCUGAGCAACAUUCGCUACAACCUGUACGUGUCGAAGGAGGAAUGGCGCCAAUGGCAUGUCAAGCUGGGCCUUUUCGCGGAUUACUUCAACAACGCUCCUCGAGUGGCGGAGAAGAGCGACAGAGCGGUUGUGCCUCCUGCACUGCGGGUUUCUUCCGAUCUGGCUCCCAUCUCCCGGGCUGCUCUGUGCUCGCCUUCGAAGUUGCCGUCGCCGCCUGCGACUGAUGCUCUGCGCUCGCACCACUGGCCGCUGCCGUUGAACGGUAUGCCCUAUGCCGGAGGGGCGUGUCAAUUGCCACCCAGUGACAUGCCCCUGCCGAGCAGCAGCAGCAGCAGCAACCCGAACCCACGCAAGCGGAGCCGCGACGAGGCGGUGGAGGAAUUGCCGUUGCCGUCCAAGAGAAAUACUGCCGCGAUGGUGCCGAAUCUGCCGGUAUCCUCCGCCUUGACCAACAUCCCCGCCUUGCCGCCCGUCAUGCCAUCCAUAUCCACAUCCACAUGCACAGCACCUUCGACAUCGGUGCCUCCUCUCGUCCCUGCUAUGCCUGACUCCGUCUCUCGCCUUCCACGACCGAACUUCCCCUCUCUCAGCCUGGCUCCGACCAUGCCCCCUGCCGUCUCCACAGUUCCCCAGUUGCCUUCCACUGGCCGGGUGAUGCCGCCUGUAUACGCUCCUACCAACACUUGGAUUCCACCGCAGAUGCCGACCACCACGACCGUGGCCCCCGCUGUCGCUGUCCCUACCGUUCCUCCACUUGGCAACGGGCUUUACACCUCCCUCCCGGACCCCAGCAGACACCACAACAGUCCGUUUGCCAUCUCCUCGGCUGGCAUCUCCCCCGCCGUCUCCGCCUACUCCGUCACCCCUCAAUCUCACCUGUCGCCGUCCUUCUUCCUCGCCAAUCGCAACUCGCCGUAUCGACCCGUUCGGAGUGUCAACACCCUUCUGAUCCCCCCUCCUUCCGCCUCCCUGCAGCAGCAGCGAAGCGUCCCCUUUGACCACAUGCACUACCAGCCGCUGGGAAAGACGGUAGCCGAACGCAAGACCGGCGUGCUGCCAUACCUCCACCACGAAGCCUGGCCCUCUGGACCCAUUGGACAGCCCAUGUUUCACUCCUCC